AUGACGGAGGCUUGCAUCCGAACCGCCGUAGAAGCCAUACACUCUUCACCAUACCAAGCCGUUCUCUAUCUUGCUGGUGGAGCUUCUCAGGCUCUAGGUUUAUUGCUAUCCGUUCCCGGUGCUUCAAAUACUGUGCUCGAAGCUGUGGUUCCUUACUCUAGAAUGUCUUUGAUCCAGUUACUUGCCAAGAUUCCAUCCCAAUUUUGUAGUCAACAGACUGCUCAAGAUAUGGCUUUAUUGGCUUAUAAUCGCGCCCUUAAACUAUCCACUCCAGGAUCCCCAGUUGUUGGUGUGGGCUUCACUGGUUCUUUGGCGAGCAGUCGCCCAAAGCACGGGGAACAUAGAUUUUAUCUGUCGACAAGGACAGCUGAGCGACUUUGGAUAUCAAGAGUGACCUUGACCAAGGGGCUACGUACUCGAGAAGAAGAAGAUAAAGUUUCUAGUCAUCUUUUGCUCAAGGCUAUUGCAAAUGCAUGUAAGGUUCCUUCAAAUGCUAUUUCGGAGAUGAGUGAAUUGGACGUAUCUGAUGAAUGUGAAAAGCAAUUCAAUGAAGAUCAAGAGUUAGAACAACUUAUUAACGGUCAAAUAUGCUUCAAGAUAUAUCCAUUUAGAAGUGAGAUACCAGCAGAAAGGAAAAUAAUACUGCCUGGUUCUUUCAAUCCCUUACAUGAUGGGCAUCUCAAGCUCAUGGAAGUUGCAACUCGCAUUUGUGGUGAUGGGUAUCCGUGCUUCGAAAUAUCUGCGGUCAAUGCAGACAAACCUCCAUUAUCAGUGUCUCAGAUCAAAGAUCGCGUCAAUCAAUUUGAGAAAGCUGGACAGACAGUAAUUAUAUCAAAUCAGCCUUAUUUUUAUAAAAAGGCUGAACUUUUUCCCGGCAGUGCUUUUGUAAUUGGUGCUGACACAGCAGUGAGGCUCGUUAAUCCUAAAUACUAUGACGGGGACUACAACAAGAUGCUGAAGAUACUUAUUGGAUGUAAAGAAACAGGAUGCACCUUCCUUGUGGCUGGUCGGAAUGUAGAUGGUGCAUUUAAGGUUCUUGAGGAUUUGGAUGUUCCAGAGGAACUAAAAGACAUGUUCAUCUCCAUUCCAGCUGAACAGUUCCGCAUGGACAUAUCCUCUACUGAGAUAAGAAAAAGAAGCGGGAUGUAA